AUGGAUUCGCAGGGUACUGAACGGGCACGACGGGCGACUGCCGAGCAGAUCAGGCGGCUAGCGGGCUUCUCGACUUGCGAGAUCGCAGAUGCUCUCGUCAAGCUCAAGCAUCCGAGCGGCGGAUAUGUGCCCGACCUCGAGCGCUUCAGCGGAAGCGAGAAGGGAAACUUGGUCGGCGAAGUCUUUACGGUCGAGAUGGUUGACGGCCGAGCUACGGACGCGCCGAAGCUCGAAGGGCACUUUGUCGACCAGGCGACCCCCGACACCGUUCUCUUCAUCUCUACGCCUCCGCACGCCAGGAGCGCCUCGCUGGGUGGGCUCCUCGCGACUGCUCUGCACAAAAAGGGCGUUCGCGGUGUCGUCACGUCAGGCCGGUGUCGAGAUCUGGCAGAGCUGCGGGCGCUCGACUUUCCUGUCUUCGCGCGCGGCCACUCCAUCCUCGGCCAGUCGCCCUUCACGCGCCCCUCCCGACUCCAAGUCCCGCUCACUAUCGCGCCUACCUCGUCCUCCUCUUCACCCGACCUCGACUUCCCGGCAACCACAGUACACCCCUUCGACGUCGUCCUCGCCGACCUCGACGGCGUGGUCGUCAUUCGACCGGACCUGCUUGAGGAGGCGAUGGAGCUGGCCGCGAAGGGUCGUGAGGUGGAUGAGCGGUGCAGGCAGGAUUUGUUGGAGGGCAAGGGCGUCAAAGAGACGUUCAAGAAGCAUCGGGGGAAGUAG